UUCGUGUUCCUCACCUACGUGCUGGGAGUGGCCUGGCUGGGUGUGUUUGGCUUCUCUGCCGUGCCCGUGUUUAUGUUCUACAACAUCUGGUCAACUUGUGAGGUCAUCAAGUCACCCCAGACCAACGGCACGGCCGCUGUGGAGCAGAUCUGCGUGGAUAUCCGACAAUAUGGUAUCAUUCCUUGGAAUGCUUUCCCUGGGAAAAUCUGUGGCUCCGCCCUUGAGAACAUCUGCAACACCAAUGAGUUCUACAUGUCCUACCACCUGUUCAUCGUGGCCUGCGCCGGAGCUGGUGCCACUGUCGUCGCCCUGCUGAUCUACAUGAUGGCUACU